UUCUCUCUUUCUUUCUGGCCGGCCCGGAGCCCUCGCUCGCAGCACCCGGCAUUCCCCGCCCUACGCGCUCGUCUAGCAGGAGCAUGGCGCUCUCUCCGCGGCUCCGGCUGGCCUUAGGGCUCUUCAUAAUCCUGAUUCAGUCUAGAGGUGAUGCCCAACGAGAAGCAGCAGAAGACUGCCCACAGGAGGAAAAGGUUGGUGGCACCUGUAAACCGGAAGAGAGCCCCUAUGAAGACGAGGACUAUGAGGAUCGAUGCCUUGAGAAGACAUUAGAAUGUGGAUUCCAUGCCAACUGCAAGAACAACUCCUGUGUAUGUGUAGAAGGAUUCGAGCCUGACCCUGAUAAGGAAAAUGCAUGCAAGGACAUUGAUGAGUGCCAGAAAAACACUUCCAUCUGUGGACCUUAUGGAAGUUGCAUCAACACCAAAGGGGAUUACCUUUGUAAAUGCAAGCCGGGAUUUGCGAAGAGCGUACAAGAUGACAAAAAGCUAUGUAGAGAUAUUGAUGAAUGUAAACGAAAUAUUUGUCAUGAAAGUGCCAAAUGUGAAAACGUCGAGGGGAGCUUUCUGUGUACGUGCCCAUCAGGAUAUUUCCGGUAUAUGGAUGUUGGACCUUUGGGUCAAAACAUCAUAAAAUGCAAAGAAUUCAGCUGCCCAGAGCCUUCAAGUGAUAAUUGUUCAGAUGAACAGGCACUCCUCUGUGACUUCAGAGCAAAAAGGAAGCAUCUCUGCGAUUCAUUGCUGGAAAUGCAAGAGGCAACAGAGGCAAAGAAGCAGCUGCAGAGUCUGCUGGCACUGCUGGAUGACCUCGUGGCUCUGAUGCCAAGUGCGAACAAGGAGCAGGGGCACCGUUUGGUCACCGAGAUGAUGGAAACUGUGGAGGUCCUGCUCAGAGUUCUAGCAUUUGCUUUACCCAAAAACACUGUGAGCACCGGGAGCAGCAAUGGAACAGAGUUGACCAUGGACAUCAGGACAGCUGGGAACCGAAGCCAGAGCUCAGCACGGCUGUUGCAGGAUUCUACCCAAAUGGAGCUAAACUGGGAAGCAGUAAGCAAAGAAGGUGAAGCUUUGGGCCUGGCCGGCCUGCUCUCCUACCACAGGCUGGGGCCCAUCCUGGCUAAUGCUCACGUUGAAGGGGAAGAAUGGGAGCAAGUGGGGAAGUCCCCACAAUGUGCACAGGUGCCAGGCAAGCCCAACUACGAGGUCCUGUCCACGGUGGCCUCUGCUUUUGUGGGCCACAAUGAAACCACAGCCUUGAGGGCCCCUGUCUUUUUCAACUUCAGUCACCGGACAGCUGAAUCAAAGCCUGACCUGCAGAGGAUUUGUGCCUUCUGGAAGCCUGUCAAUGGCAGUGGGCACUGGUCUCAAGAAGGCUGCAAACGCCUGGACACCAGCACUGACACCAGCACACACUGCCAGUGCGACCACCUCACCAGCUUUGCUGUCCUCAUGGCCUUCUAUGAUGUGGAGGACUGGGGCCUGGAUAUCAUCACCAAGAUUGGGCUGGUUGUGUCUCUGAUCUGCCUGUUCCUGUCCAUCCUCACCUUCCUGUUCUGCCGUGCCAUCCGAGGUAUCCGCACCACCAUCCACCUCCACCUUUGCCUUGCCCUCUUCGUUGGCUACGUCAUAUUCCUCAUGGGUGCUGGGAACACUGGCAACCAGACAACUUGUGCUGUAGUGGCUGGGCUGCUGCAUUUCUUCUUCCUCUCAGUCUUCUGCUGGAUGCUGCUGGAAGGCAUGGAGCUCUACUUGAUGGUCGUCAAGGUCUUCAAUACUCACAGCCUCCGGCACUGGCACAUCUUCCUUGUGGGAUAUGGAAUCCCAGCCAUCGUGGUGGGCAUCUCAGCUGCUGUCAAUAGCGAGGGCUAUGGCAACCUAAGAAACUGCUGGCUUAAAAUGGACAAAGGGUUCCUUUGGAGCUUCCUGGCCCCUGUUGCCCUCAUCAUCAUGCUGAAUGCCGUUGUCUUUGUGGUUACUGUCUGGAAGCUCUCUCAGAAGUUUGCCGAUAUCAAUCCCGAUAUGAGUAAACUGAAAAAGCAGAGGGUACUCACAAUCACAGCCAUUGCCCAGCUCUGUAUUCUGGGUACCACCUGGGUCUUUGGCCUGUUUCAAUUCAGCAACCAAACCCUCGUCAUGUCUUAUAUCUUCACUAUCCUCAACAGCCUGCAAGGACUUUUUAUCUUCCUCCUGCAUUGUCUGCUCAAGAAACAGGUGCGUGAUGAUUACUACCGCUGGUUCUGCAAGGACAAACAUGGCAAGCCCCAUAGCAGUGACAAGUAUUCCAACUUCAGCUCCACAGUAGGUUCCAACACACUACAGGCACCCAGUACUUUGAAAGAAUCUGGAAUUUAGCAACCAAACUUUGCUGAAGCAAGUUUCAAGAGUGCUGUUUGGAACAUGAGAAACACAUGUUGUUGUUCCGGCAAUCUUUCUCUUGGAAGAGUCACCCACUAAGAUGUACAGGCCUACUGCAGCAAGGUCAAUUGAACUGCCAGGCAGCUAUAUAGGGACCCACUGAGCAAACUCAAUAACUGGACCAAUGCUAUUAAGCUGAUGUUGGCACAGCCUCUUCUGAUUAGGCUCCUCCUUCCUCUACACCAAGACUCGCCUCUUUCAAGAAGAGAUGGAGCAAGUUAAAACGGUACUUUGCACACGUGACACUUUUAAAGAGGUCCUUGCAACAGACAUUGGAUAACUAGUUCUAGAAAGUACACAGGCUGUGUACUUUGCUGUUCAAUCAGCAUUCACCAGCUGUAGGUGAUCAUCAAAAAUCUGAAGUGAACUUUGCACAUUUGGUCCAAAAAACUCAUUGAAACAAUAUGGUGGGGUAAAUACAUCCUUUCCAUCCACUCCUUGUUCUCUAUGGAAUGAUCACUGUGGUAUUUUCCAGGUCUCUUGUUGCUGGCUAGUUUGAUAGCAGUCCUUCCUAUCAGUAGCUCAUCUUUUUCCACAUACUCUAAGCAGCAGCCUAAAAUAAUGACUGCAACACAAACUGGUCCAACAACCAUAGAUAAAAGAAGAGCCUCAACUACUCGCUUCUCUUGCCCCUCACUUAACCUAUGAAGACUUAAGAAGAGCCUGCUGGAACAGGCCAAGUGGCCCAUCUAGCCCAACCAGAUGCCUGUAAUAAGCACUGUGAGCACAACAGUAUUCAGCACACUUAUGAUUCCCAGUCACUGGCAUUCAGAGGUAAGUUAGACCCAUUUGUGCAAGGAAUAGCAAAAACUGAAGCCCAGUAUCACUGAGAUGAUACAGGUCAGCACAUACUUCUUCAGGCUGCAGGUGACAGCUCACAUGACUAAAGAUUCCCCCAUAUAUAUAGCACCAACAUAACAUGAAAGAGGGGGAUGUGAGGGCAGUACCUAAAACCUGCCCCCUCCCAAAGGCAUCUAGUUUUCUACAACCAAUAAUUUAUUUAUUUAUAGUAAGAGAAAUGUUCAAGCAGUCUCCAGCUAUAGCUUAGACGCAUUUUCUACAAGAUUCAGAUGCAAGGAGCAAUAGUCAAAAGUUGUGUUUGGGUUGCCCAGAGUCUACUGUUCCCAGAAUUCAGAUUCAACAGAAGAUAGUAUCCAAAUCUCAUGGUUACUUCACACUCAAAAGUAUCUGGUUUUGGUAGGAGAACAAAAAUGCAAGAAUGCUUAAUCAGUUGAUGAUUUAGGCACAUGAGCUCAUUGCUUUCCUCGUCACAACUUUCAGGGAAGCACAUGUGCCCUUAAACUCAACACCUCACUUUUGUGUUUGGUACACUGGAAUCCAUACUAGAGUUGGAAAACAUCAAAUGACUCUCCAGGUUGCCAUCAUCAACAGAAAACUGAAGCAUGCACAAGUAGCAUCAUGACAGGAACCCCACUGCUAUAAAGGUCCUCAUACGCUAUUUCCUUCUAGCUCCAUAUUCCUCAGCUUAACAAGGAGAUGCACAUUUCUAUGCUUUGUUCCCCCCCGCACUGCUAUCCCCCAGGAUUUCUGCACAACAGCAGCAAGAUACAAGGGCGCAGCAAGCAGUGUAAUCUCAAUCAGAAAACCCACCAGUCAAGUAGCAGAGAGGCUCUUGUACAAAGACUAAAUGAUAGCAGCACAUAUAAAGCAGCAGGAAGGAGAGAAAGCAGACAGUUUUCUGGAAGCUGUUAUUGAAGUUAAUGGAGACCCAUAUUGGCAGUUCACAUCAAACACUGGAGCUUCACAGAGCUUCCUGUUUAGGCUAAUUUAUUUAGGACUGUUUCCAGUUUUGCCAAAUUCCUACUGUUCUUGCCAAAGAGAUUGGCUAUGUAUACUGCAAUUCCAGAUGCUCUUUACUCCUAACGUGUGUGGAUAGCCAGCGCACAUUAGCGUUAGCAAAUCUUUAUUUAAUUUAGUUUUAAAUCCUAGUUGAGAAAGAAAGGGUGUUUUACAGCAAGCUUUGCAUGCAUCUGAACACCGGGUUUUGCAGUAUUCAAAUCAGUGCAAUGGAUUCAAAAUGUAGCAACGUUUAACGCUGUGUAACGGUUUCAGAACUUACUCUACUAUGAAAUAUAUUCACUCUUAAGGAUGCCUUUAGGUAAACUUGCAUGCAGUUUAUCCAAGCAUCUUUGCACAAAUAAGCUUAUGCUCCUCUAACUACCCACCCUGUUAUUUGAAGCAAUUGUCUCUCAACCACUAUUUUUUCCUAACAUGUACAUUUAAUUAAAAUAUAUUUUGGAAUUCUGA